CCUGACAACACAGCAUCUCCUUUGUUUUGUAUUUCUUCUUCUUCUUCUUCUUCUUCUUCUUCUCUCUCUUAAUCAUCAUCAUCCUCAUAAUCGUCAUCUCCAUUAGUUUAUCUCUUUCUCUCUCUACAUUUAUCAUCUCUCUCUCUCUUUUGCUCUGUCAAUUUGCACUGCACUGCGCUGCGCUGCAGCUUAGCUGAUGACGAUGAUGAUUAUGCCCUCUUCAUCCUCCCCACCUUCUCUUUCUCCUUUACUGCUACUUUCUUUCCAUUUUCUCCCCCAUAAUUUCCUUUUCCGAGAAUAAUUUAGUAAAAAAGUCGGGAAUAAAAAUCUUAAAUCUCAUACCGCCAGCACUAACUCGUAGGAACAAUACUUUUGCAGCUGCCUCCUUUGAAUUAUCCAGUUGUCUUGUCGAUCUGGGUUUUUCCUAUUUUCACCCGGUUUGCCUCUUUUCAAAUUUCAAAUCUGCGAAUAAAUCCCUCUAUUCAAAUUGUUGCAAAAUCCAACCAAAGGCUUCUGUGUUUGUCUCGUAAGAGUUUAAGUUCGAUUGGCAUGAGGUUGAAGAUGAUGUAGAUGGAGAUCCCUCUUCAUGGAUAUAUGCCGCUGUUAGCUCUGUGAAUAAUCCAUUCGUGAGAGAUGCAGCCAUGAGCAGCGGCGGAAAGAGGAGGAGGAGGAAGAGGAGAGAAGAACUACAACUACACUACAACCCCAAUCGCAAUCAGAGAAGAAUCCGAAUUAUCAGAAUCGUGUUAUUGCUUCACUGAUAACUCCACAUGUUGCAUGUUGGCAGCGACCAGUCGCCGCAGCAGCAGCAGAUAGUCGAAGCUGCCUCGCCGAUAAGCAGUCGGCCUCCGGCCACCGCCGCUGCCGGGAGUUUAGAUGAGCUGAUGCGGUUAUCGGCGGAGGAAGAUGCGGCACUUGCGGCAGCCGGAUAGGAAGCAGACCGUGGAGGAGGAAGCGGCGGUGCCGGUGGUAUCAGCGGAAACCGAUGGCCUCGUCAAGAAACUCUGGCGCUUCUCAAGAUUAGGUCCGAUAUGGAUGCUGUUUUCCGCGAUACUACCAUUAAAGGCCCGCUGUGGGAAGAAGUUUCCAGGAAGCUAGCAGAGUUGGGAUACAACAGGAGUGGGAAGAAAUGCAAAGAGAAAUUCGAGAACGUCCACAAAUACUACAAGCGAACAAAAGAAGGCAGAGCCGGACGUCAAGAUGGCAAAAGCUACAAGUUCUUCACGCAGCUCGAAGCUCUCCAUGGCAGCAGCUCUACUAACCUCUCAGCUUCUCCCUCAAUGGCUACCGCCGGCGCUGCUACAGCUCAUGUCCCCGCCACCCUCGAUGUCUCUCCUGUCUCAGUUGGCAUCCCCGGUCCGAUGCCUAUUUCGUCUGUUCGAAAUAUCAAUCCUCCUCCCCAACCAUUCUCACUCUCGAACCUUCCGGCUUCUUCUUCGGCCGCUCUUAAUAUCCAUGUCUUCCAACCGGCCACAGUUUCUGGCUCUGCUCCUCCACCACCUGGCGCAGCCGCUGUCCCCGCUCACUUUGGUGUCAGCUUCUCUUCUAAUAGCUCCUCGUCUUCUCCAGGCUCGGAUGAUGAUGAUGAUGGUGAUGAAGAUGAUAGAUUUUUUGCCGGUGAACCAUCCGUCGGUGCUGCAGCUACCAGCCGGAAACGGAAGAGAUCAUCACAGUCGUCAAAGCGGGGAAGUGGAGACGAUGACAGGAUGAUGGAGUUCUUCGAGGGUCUAAUGAAACAAGUAAUGCAAAAGCAGGAGGCCAUGCAGCAAAGCUUCUUGGAGGCAAUAGAGAAGAGAGAGCAGGAUCGGAUGGUAAGAGAAGAAGCUUGGAAGAGGCAAGAAAUGGCAAGGUUGGCUCGAGAGCAAGAGCUUAUGGCUCAGGAACGCGCUAUAUCUGCUGCAAGGGACGCCGCCAUUAUUUCUUUUUUACAGAAAAUCACCGGCCAGACGAUCGAGCUGCCUCCCCAAGUUCCGGUUCCUUCAGCUCCACCGCCUCAAUCAGCACCGUCAACAUUAGCGACAACCCAUAUCCCCGUUCAAGCCAAACCAGCAAACCCACCAGCUUCGUUGCUGCAACAACCACAUCAUAUGCGACAAACCGAGAAGACGGUCACUGAAACUGUAGCUGAUAAGGGACAGCACUCCAUUGCUUCGCAAGCUUUAGUCACGAUCCCAGAACAACAACGGCCUGUGCCUCGUGAACAGGAGGAUCAAAUUGGCGCGAGUGGGAGCUCGGAGCCACCGUCUUCAAGGUGGCCCAAGGCGGAAGUUCUAGCGCUAAUAUCGAUUAGAGGUGGGCUUGAGUCCCGGUACCAAGAGGCAGGACCAAAAGGUCCUCUCUGGGAAGAAAUCUCGGCAGGGAUGCAGCGAAUGGGAUAUCAAAGGAGUGCAAAGAGAUGCAAAGAAAAAUGGGAAAACAUCAAUAAGUACUUCAAGAAAGUAAAAGAAAGCAACAAGAAACGUCCCGAGGAUGCAAAAACCUGUCCCUACUUUCACCAGCUCGAUGCACUCUACCGGCAAAAGACACUCGGAGGGUCUAGCACCGCCGGCGGCGGAACAAGUGGAGGCACCAGCUCCAUUAGCUUUACUAAACAGCAGCAGCCUGAAACAGUCCCAGCGCCGACUAUACAGCUCCAGGUCGACAGAACAGAUGUGGCAGCUCCUGAAUCAGAAAACAAAAACGAAGGCAGUAAUGCCGGCGCCGGUGAGCUGCAAGCAAGAAGCGAAGGUUUUACAGGGAACCUUUUUGGAGAGGAUAGGGAAGCAGGUGCGACGAAGAAGCCAGAAGACAUUGUGAAUGAGCUGAUGGAGCAGCAGCAGCGACCUUUGACGGUGGAUGAGUACGAAAAAAUGGAGGAAACAGACAGUGAUCAGAAUGUUGAAGAGGAGGAAGGAGAUGAAGAAACAGAAGAUGAGGGAAAAAUGAGUUACAAGAUAGAGUUCCAGCCACAGAACUCAGGAGCUCCAAACGGUCACGGUUUUCAUAGUCAACGGCUGAGUGGGGUUCAUCACUUCAUCUCGUAGCUCAGAUCCCAAAAUCUGUACCAAUUACCUGUGUGCAGAAUCCCGAGAACAUUCAGAGAUUGAAAGUAGCUACGUUGGUGCCGGGCGUAUCAACUUUUUGUAAAAUUUAUUUAUUUGUUGGGUGGAAUAAAUAAAUUAAUUAGGAUUGGUUUCAAAAGCCGGGCGGCCGGGAAGGAGGAGUUUGAGUUUAGGCACAGAGGAAUAAGCUCGGAUUAUGAGCAGCUGAAAAAGAACAUAGACAGAUCCAGAGAGAGCUAGGAAUUGAAGAAGAAGAAGAAGAAGAAGAAGAAGAAGAAGAAGAAGA